AUGCCAAAUUACACGGAUGUCACAGAAUUUAUUCUUCUAGGGUUGACCAGUCGCCAAGAGCUGCAGGUUCUCUUUUUUGUGGUGUUCCUAAUAGUUUAUAUCAUCACUUUGAUAGGGAACAUUGGUAUGAUUAUUUUGAUCAGCAUCAGUCCCCAGCUUCAGAGUCCCAUGUAUUUUUUCCUCAGUCAUUUGUCUUUUGUGGAUGUGUGGUUCUCUUCCAACGUAACCCCCAAAAUGUUAGAAAACUUACUAGCAGAAGUAAAAACGAUUUCGUAUGUAGGGUGUUUGGUGCAGUGUUACUUUUUCAUUGCCCUUGUUCAUGUGGAGGUCUAUAUCUUGGCGGUGAUGGCCUUUGAUCGGUACAUGGCUAUCUGCAACCCUUUGCUCUAUGGCAGCAAAAUGUCCAGGACUGUCUGUGUUCGCCUCAUCUCUGUGCCUUAUAUCUACGGAUUCUCUGUUAGUCUCAUAUGUACGCUGUGGACCUACGGCUUGUACUUCUGUGGCAACUUUGAGAUCAAUCAUUUCUAUUGUGCAGAUCCUCCUCUUAUCAAGAUUGCCUGCGGAGGCGUCCACAUCAAAGAAUACACAAUGAUUGUCAUCGCUGGAAUUAACUUCACCUAUUCCCUCUCGGUAGUCCUGGUUUCCUACACCCUCAUUGUGGUAGCUGUGCUUCGUAUGCGCUCUGCGGAUGGGAGGAAGAAAGCCUUCUCCACUUGUGGGUCCCAUUUGACAGCUGUCACCAUGUUCUACGGGACCUUGAUAUUUAUGUAUCUCAGACGUCCCACUGAAGAGUCCGUGGAGCAGGGAAAAAUGGUGGCUGUGUUUUACACCACAGUGAUUCCCAUGCUGAAUCCCAUGAUCUACAGUCUGAGGAACAAGGACGUGAAAGAGGCAGUCAAUAAAGCGAUCACGAAGGCAAGCUUGGGACAGUAA